AUGGCCAAGACAAAGUCCUCCAAGGCAAACGGCGCGGCGCCGCCUGUGCCCAACAAGCACAUUCACUCACGACUCUCCUAUCUUCAUCAGGCUGCGACACACUUAGCCGUGGCCCGAAAUAGAAGGUCAACUCCCAUCAACAGGAUUGUUCGAGAUCCGUCUACUGCUCCGGCCGGCCUCCCGAAGAGCAAGAGCACAGACACUCAAAACGCAUCUGAAGCAAGUCGACUAUUAGGCCAUCUUCGUGGCGUGUCCCGGAAAUCGCAGAUCAGGCUCGCCCCCGAGAUGAAGCAUUCUAUCUGCAAACGCUGUGACUCGCUCCUCGUGCCUGGGCGAACAAGCACUGAAUUGGUCGUCAAUUACAGCAAAAAUGGCCAGAAGCCAUGGGCGGACGUAUUUGAGAUUCGAUGCGUUAAAUGCGGCACCAUCAAACGUUUCCCGGUCGGGAUCACGACAAAAGAGGGGCGGGGGAAAGGAAGGUCGUCCUCAUCUGGGGCGGUGAAGCAGGAUGGUGACUUCGCACAAGGAUCGAUCUCUGCCACAUAA